UAUCUCUAAUCAUACUAGAGAGAGAAAAUAGGAAACUAGGGUUAUUGUUAUGGACGGCAAGGGCCACUGUCCAGACCUCCACCAAUCAUUGAGAGACGCCUCUUUUGACCCAUACAUCUCUCACUAUAUAAAAUUAUACAUCUCAAAUUUAUCGUCACCGUUACUUGAAUAGCGUCUGUUAGUACACAGUGGUGUUAACUAGGGCAGGUCGUUCUCAAAGCAAGCCGUCAACAUCGCACCGUCUCUUUAAACAAACUCCGUUAACAACACCGCCUUCUCUUUCGCUCUCUUUCUCUCUUUUUCUCUCUCUAGCAAUCGUGAAGCCUCUCUGUGGAUUCAAUCCCUUGUGUCCACAGAAUCCACCUCAGAAACAAGUACGUAAGCCAAAAAAAAAUGGCUGGAGCUCUUCUCACAACCUUAUCCAUGGAGAGUAACCAUUUGUCCACACUUCUGUCCAUGGAUUCAAAUUCAGCCACGCACGAAGAAAUGGAGAGAGAGUUGAAUCGAGCCAUCAAUCUAUCCCGACCACCGGAUAUAAACCUUCCACUGUCAGCUGAGCCUAGCCCACCGCCUCCGCUGUGGAAUGAUAAUUGUGAUAUCUUAGAUGUUAACCUUGGGCCUCAGCAUUAUGAGGCCGAGACAAAUGUUAAUGUCACAAAAAUUGGGAAGAAAUGUGCUAAGAGGCUUGAUAGUGUCUGGGGUGCUUGGUUUUUCUUCAGUUUUUAUUUUAAACCAGCUUUGAAUGAGAAAUCAAAGAGUAAGAUCGCUUGGGAGAGUAAUGGGGUUGGUGGGUGUGAUAAAUCAGACUUGAAGCUUGAUGUUUUCAUGGUUCAGCAUGAUAUGGAGAAUAUGUAUAUGUGGGUUUUCAAGGAGAGGCCUGAAAAUGCAUUGGGAAAGAUGCAGCUGAGGAGUUACAUGAAUGGGCAUUCACGGCAGGGAGAGCGACCGUUUCCGUUCAGUGCAGACAAGGGCUUUGUUCGAUCUCACAGGAUGCAGAGGAAACACUACAGGGGUCUUUCUAACCCCCAGUGUGUUCAUGGGAUUGAACUUGUUCGGUCUCCCAAUCUCAUGGGUCUUGAUGAGGAGGAGCGGAAGAAGUGGGCGGAGCUUACAGGGCGAGAUUUGAACUUCUCGAUCCCUCUUGAAGCCAGUGAUUUUGGUUUGUGGAGGAACCUUCCGAAUGCAGAAUUUGAGUUAGAGAGGCCCCCUCCUUCAUCGAAGAGUUACAAUCCAAAUUCCCACCCAAAAAGAUCGCUGAAUGGUUCUAGUUUGAAUUUGUCAACUCAGCCGUCUAACCAUAUGAAUGGUGAUGGGAUGGAUCUUCUUUCUAUCUGCAAUAAACGAAAGAAAAAUAUUUUUGAAAAUGGAAUUGAUGAUGAUUGUUGUUUGCCUAAUACCUCUAAUUCUGAUAUUUUGGAUAUCCACCCAGUUGAACCACACUGGUUAAACGAGUUUACCGGAGUAAUGAGGAGUGUAUAUGGGCCAGUGACAGCUGCAAAAACUAUUUACGAGGAUGAUGAGGGUUACUUAAUCAUUGUCAGCCUGCCUUUUGCAGAUCUUAUGAAGGUGAAGGUUACUUGGAGGAACACUCUCUCACAUGGUAUUGUAAAGAUAUCUUGUGUGAGCACUGGGUGCAUGCCUAUCGUUAAGAGACAAGAUAGGACAUUCAAGCUAGCAGAUCGAGCACCUGAGCACUGUCCUCCAGGCGAAUUCAUUAGGGAAAUUCCCCUUGCUACACGAAUCCCAGAAGAUGCUAAACUAGAAGCAUAUUGUGAUAAGACAGGAACUAUGCUUGAGAUUAUUGUGCCCAAACACCGUGUAGGCCCAGAGGAGCACGAGGUUCGUGUAUGCCUACGUCCCUCUUCAUGGAGUGAACGUGCUUAUGUCGACUUGACAGAAGCAUUAGUGUGAAAAUUGUAAGGUUGGUUACAAUUGUACCAAAGAGAAAGGGUGGUUGCUUUUGUUUUUUGGUUUUUUGAAAGGUAGGUUUCUUUUGUUUCUGUCUCAUUGUUUAACUAACUGCAUUCCAUAAAUGAAAUAUGCAUUUUUUUUUCUUUCUAA